CUUGGAAGAAAAGGCAGCUUACCAAAAUAUAUACUCCCGCUGCUCCUCUCAAACUCCGAUAUUCAUCCACCCCUUUUAACGUUUUUUCUUUAAUUAUUCAUUCCAUUUUGCCAGAUCCAUAUUCCCAUCUUCCAUCAGCUUGAUCUCAUUAUUCAAGCAUUUCUGUGUAGAACAUAAUAUGUCGCGGAGAUAUGACAGUCGGACAACAAUCUUCUCCCCAGAAGGUCGCCUUUACCAAGUUGAGUAUGCAAUGGAGGCGAUUGGCAAUGCAGGGAGUGCCAUAGGCAUAUUGUCUAAAGAUGGGGUUGUGCUGGUUGGUGAAAAGAAAGUGACUUCCAAGCUUUUACAGACCUCCGCGUCCACUGAGAAAAUGUACAAGAUUGAUGACCAUGUAGCAUGUGCUGUUGCUGGUAUUAUGUCUGACGCUAACAUCCUUAUUAACACAGCAAGAGUCCAAGCUCAGCGGUAUACUUAUGCCUACCAAGAACCAAUGCCAGUUGAACAACUAGUUCAAUCCUUGUGUGACACCAAGCAAGGCUACACCCAGUUUGGUGGACUUCGUCCAUUUGGUGUUUCAUUCCUAUUCGCAGGUUGGGAUAAGAACUAUGGUUUUCAGCUCUACAUGAGUGACCCUAGUGGAAAUUACAGUGGUUGGAAGGCUGCAGCUAUUGGAGCAAAUAAUCAGGCAGCUCAGUCAAUGCUUAAGCAGGACUACAAGGAUGAUCUCACGAGGGAAGAGGCUGUUCAGCUUGCUCUGAAGGUGCUUAGUAAGACAAUGGAUAGUACUAGUCUCACUUCGGAGAAGCUGGAGUUGGCAGAGGUCUUCCUCUAUAAUGGAAAAGUUAAGUACCAGGUGUGCUCGCCAGAGGCGUUGAGUAAGCUGUUACUGAAGUCUGGAGUUACUCAACCUGCAGCAGAUGCUUCUUAAGCUCAGUAUUUUGAUCAAACUUACUGUCUCAACUUGUUUUGCUGUAUGGUUAAGUUCAUGCUUAUCGAAUGUGAUGUCCGAUGUUGAAUUCUAUCCGAGAUGCAGUUUGCCAUUUGAAUGUUUGCUUUUUUAACUUUUUCCCUUUUUUUCUGCCCCUGGUAUGUUUAUGAUGCAGUUUGCCAUUUGAAAGUUUGCUUUUUUUA